CAUAAAUUAAUAUUAGUGAAUUUGUGUAGUGGGGUAAGAUAAUAAAUUAGUAGCAUAGUUUGUAAAAUUUCGAGUUUUAAUUCAAUGAUGAUAUUGUGAAAAUAUGUCUUUAAACUUCAAUCCAGCGUGCACGGUGCACCUUGAAAAAGUUCGGACCAAUACAAUACAUUUUUAUUGUUAACAUUAUUUUUAUGUUGGCAACACUUGUAGCCGAGAAUGUUUAUUAGAGCUUGGCGCCCUUUAUACCCCAGUUCCAGAUAUUAUAGAUCGGGGCAAAGGCAAACGUGCUUUACUGCUUUCACGCACACUGGAGUCUAACAGUCUACUCAGCACCUAGUUAUUAUUAUUGCUUAGUAGUCGUGGUGUGUUUUGUAGUUCUAUAAUUCUCAUCAGGAGCACAUUUAAUACUUGGAUUGACACAGACUAACACCUACGCCAAAUAUAUUUAUUAAUAAUAACGAUAUUAUAUUAAUAAUUGUUUUAAAAAAUAUAGAACAUGGAUACUGUGACGGUUCAUUAUUGGCCAACGGAAGCACAGGGCUGCUUAUCGAUACAACCACUUACACUUUUCCUCACGAUCACGCUCCUACUUUCAUCGUGUACAACACUUAUGCUAUGCACAUCCGUUUGGACUAAUCAUUGGGAAAAUAUGGAAUGGGAUUUUCAAGAAGCAAUAUCAGUUUUGAAAACACAAAAUAAAUCGUCCAAAUGGUUGAAUAACGUAAAUACCGAAUGGCUAGUAAAUGGAAAUACAUUAAAAAUAACAAUUAACGCUGCAAAGCCAUCACCGGUAAAUAAUGGAGAUGCAUUAUUAGUUUUGGCUACAGCAAAUCAAUAUCAUCAAACGGAUUUUUACGACAUAAACCCACUAUUAUAUCAAACGGGGGAAAAGACUACAACAGUUAUACUUGCACCAAUGUACGGUGGAAUUUGGACUUUAUGUAUCUCUCUAACAGAAGAUCAGUUAGUACAACUGUAUCAAGAAACAAAUAAUAAAAUGGGAUCGGUGCUACCCAAAUGUGUCAAUUAUUUAUCUGAAGAACCCCAAGAAGAAGAGUAUUUUAAACCGGACUGGCAUCAUAGAAUGCAAAAUAUGUCAAUAUCAUGUGCAUUGGUGUGCAUUAUAAUAGUUAUUACUGCAUUAUUGAUUGGACUUUUUUCUAUUUUCCGCCAUCAAAUUAGUGCUAUGUUAAUCACUGCUGUGAUGUAUUCAUUAGCAGCAACUUUUGGUUUGUUUACAUUGGGAAUAAUGCACAAUAAACAUAACUCAAGAAAAACACAUAGCCAGAAUAAUUGCAAUCAAUCACUAGCACUUAUAGAUGGUAUGAUUAAUGCCGGUGGAAAUAUGUGUCAAACAAUGCAGUUUUGGGAACAAUUGCUGACUUCUAGAAUAUACUCACUAGGCUGGAGUGUAAAUAUGGGAUGGAUUGCAGUUAUUUUAUGUAUUUUAACUAGUAUUCUAUGGAUUAUUUUAUCUAAGAUAAUGAGAGUCAGCAUAAAAUAGUUGAGACACAAAAUCUGUUCAAUCUGUAUUCAAAUACCUAACAUACUAAACUAAAUAAUAUAAUAUUGGAUAAUAACUCAUUA